AUGACCAUAUGUAAGAGCAAGAAGAAAAACACGGGAUCGGAGGAUGAUAAGAUGCUUUACAAGACAUGCACGGAAUCCACCGAAUAUCUUCAUUUAUAUUUUAAGGAGUUGAAGGAACACCUGAUCACGCACAAAAAGUAUGAGGAGCUCUUUAACUUCUGCUACAACACACUGAGGAAUAUAAAGAACCCCGCCAUCUCGCGGACCACAGCUCUGAAGGUGGUCGGAAUAGCAUUCACUCUGAAUCCGAAGUGUGCAGACCUAACCGUGAGCAAAGACAUCAUCACAUAUGCAUACAAACUGCUUAAGCGAAAUGAAGAGGGGACGAACAAAAAAUACUUCACAUACUUUGGUCACAGCACAAACAUAGAAAAAGACAGCCUCGUCAGUGAAUCCAUAAAUUUGUUUAAGACAACGGAAAAGAUUAAAGCGAGACAACAAUUGAAGGAUCAUAACUUUAUUAAAAAUAUUUUUAGAAAGAUACAGAAGAAGAAGAUUUUUAUUGGACAGGGAUGCUCCGUGUCUUAUUCCCCGGUUCUUAAUGAUUUCACAAACGCAAAGAAGGAUCUGCUCGAUCUCCUCGAAACGGAGUUUGUAAGUCAUGGCAAGAUUGACCAGAUCUACUCUGACUACGUGAGGUGCCUUAAUGAGGUGAAGGAAAGGACCAUCGAAUUUUUAGAAAAUGGCGAAUAUGAAUCUUACUGCAAAUUUUUUAAUGAAAUGCAAGAGGAAGAUGAAAUAAACGUUCGCUACGAAUCCUACCUUCUGAGUUGUCCAGAAUUGUUCAAGGACAAGGAGCACAAGGAUUCCAACAGAGGGAUGACCCCCUCGCAGAGGGAACAGGCAAAAGGAACAGUGAGUGGACCAUUUUUAAAGAACCAAGUGGGUAUGGAGGAGGCAAAGAAAAAGACAAGCAGCAUGAGCAGGGGGGUGGAUAACCAUUCAGAGAUCAACAGCGAAAAAAAUAUCACCUCCCCGGUAGGAUCAAAUAACAAAAAAAAAAUUAAUGAGAAAAAUGAAUAUAAAUUAUUAUCGAAAAAUAUUACUAGUAGUCUGACCAAACUCGCUUCUUCCUUCGUGAGAAAUGCUCCAUCGGGGGUAGCAUGCAAUGGAGAGGUGGAGCCCAAUAUGAAUGAAGAAGUGGUGACACUUGCAAAGGGGGAGAUGAUGAACCAGAAGAAACCUCCUUGUGAUGGUGGCAGUGUGGAAGGAGGGACUGGAAACAAAUCAAUCCUGUUUUCUCCGAACAACAAGUCGUUGGAGAAUCAGCGUGAAAAGGGGCGAAGUAACAUGGGGAAGAGUGCUUCGGUGGAGAGGGAUAACAAGAACGAUAAGGAAAAUGGAAAAAAGAAAAUAAUAAACACAAGUAAGAAGAAGAAAAAGGAGCAGGGUGAUGAACAGAGUACAGAACCCCCCUUAUUCCCCGAUGAAAGAGAUAUUCCGGGGGAUGCACACGUAGACACAAAGAAGAAGCCCUCCUUCAACAAGACAGUCGCGUUUGAUCUUGUAGCAACGGAGAAGGAAUUACAAGAUCACAAAGGCACCGGAAAACACCAAGCGCCCCCGCGGAACGACCAUUUUAACGAAAAGGAGAUCGAAAUAAUAAACGAAUUCAACGCAUACCUAAAUGAGGGAAUGAGACAUCUGAAAACGCAACAAAGCCCCUACCAAAAAGAGUGUAAAGAAUUUAACAACUACGUACAUGAUGGAAAUAAUGCUCUUUGGGAUAGCCUCAUAAAGAAGAGCAAUUUUUACUCCAUUAAGGAAGAUUUUUUAAAUUACAAUAAAUUUUUGAAGGCAAAGGAAAAAGACGCAGAGGAGCAAACACUGGGAGAUCUCCUCGGAAUGAACAAAUACAUUGAUUUGAAAAAAAAAAAAAGUAAAAAUAAAAAUAAAAACAGAAAAAUGAAUCCAGAUGAACUGAACUGUAUCAUCAACAAAUUUACAAACAAUUUAUCUGAAAGUAGAUACUUGAAGAAUGAGCAGAAAAUUCCAUCACAAGAGGACGCGGGAGGAGGAAUGUCUUUUAACCCUAUUGGAAAUCCUCUAGGAAUUAAUAAAAACCACAGUGAUAAGAGAGAUUCCAUAAUUUCAUCACAAAGAAAUGAUUCAACACACAUCUCCUCCUGGAAUAAGUACUUCACGAAAAAUGAUAACAUAUCAUACGUACAGGACGCAGUAUUAAAAAAUGGGUCCCUGUUGUUAAGGGACGACAACCUCGAGAUAUCCCUCAGUCAGCACUACUACGGCAACAACGGGUUGAUAAAAAUUUACGUGAAGAAUAAGAAGAUGGUGAACUACUACGACAUGGAUAUUAGUAUAUCGAACAAAAUUCUGUUCCCUUUGAAAAUCAAGUUUCUGAACUACGAGAGGAUGCUCUGCGCGAAUGCGACCAACUGCUACGAAAUGGCCGUGAAGUGCGUACACAUGUACAAGGGCUUUCCCCUAAUUAAGAUUUCCUACCGCAUGCAAGACAUGUUCAGAAAAAGUAUCGAGUUGAGGCUUCCCAUCCCCAUCAACAAAUUUAUGAAAAACGUUAAAAUCACGAAAGAGGUUUUUGUGAAAUUCUGGAACAACGAAAAUUUUAAUAUAUAUAAAAAGGAGAAGAUGAUCCAUAAGGCCGACUCGGUGGACACAGAAGACAUCGUUUCCAUCUCCUGUUUGGGAAACGCCCUAAGUGUGUGCUACAUAGAAGAUGCAAUUUAUUUGAGCGGAUGCUAUGCGGACAAUGCAAGUGCACUGGAUAAUUAUUUCGUUCUCGUCGGAAUUGAGGUUCUGAAGAACAAACUGAAGAUCAUAUGUAAGUCGAAUAAUCCCACGUUAUCAUCGGCCAUACUUUUUUUAAUCAUACUCAUUCUUAAGAAACACAACCAGGUUUAG